CACUUCCGGGAUAAACAUGGCCCACGUGAGAGUUCAAGAAAAUUUCUCAGAAUCAGAUUCUGACUCUAUUAAAGAAGAGAUAUCGACCGAUGAUGGAGAUGACGCCAAGAUUGACAACACCAAAGCCGAUGGCGCUCUACCUCCUUCUGGUCUGGCAGACGUCAUGGCAGCCAUUCUGACCAAGACUGUUCAGAAGAAGGGUGCAGUUAUUCUUGCUAAAGGUCAGACAGAUAAAGAAAUCCGUGUUCGAAAGAGAAAGAGAGACAAAGAAGAAGGGAAAGUUAUUGAAGAUGACAGUGAUUCUGAUGUUGAGAACAAAAGAGAAAAAUUUGAAAAGAGAAGAGAGUGGAAUAACAUGUUUCGAGUGAAACCAGAUCCGCUGGAAAGAAUCAGGGAACGCCGUUUACAGAGAAUUGCAACACGGGGUGUGGUCCAGCUAUUCAAUGCUGUCCGUCAGCAACAGAAGGUUUUGGAGGAGAAACUCACAGAAGCUGGGUCAUCCAUUAAGAAAAGUGAAAAAGUGAUGGGGUCCAUGACUAAAGGAAAAUUCCUCGACAUGCUGAAAGGCUCCACACCUUCAUUGUUGGAGGACUCAAAGAAAGUUAUAAAGAAAGAACCGACAUUGAAAAAAGAAGAGGAGUCCGCCAAGUGGAAGAUUUUAAGGGACGAUUUCAUGAUGGGAGCCAAGAUGAAGGACUGGGACAGGAACGACGGCAGCAGUGACGAGGAGGCGGAUGGGGGAGGAGGGGAUACAGACUUGUCUGAUAGCGAAUGAAGAAAUAAACCUAUGUGAUUGUA